AUUGGUUGGCUGUCGGACGGCCUGCCGGAAGUUGCGAGUGACGUCCAUAUCGGCGGCCAUUGCAGUCACCCGGCUAUCUGGAGGUCGGUGGGUAAGGCAAGAACGUAACCAUGGCAGGACGUAGAUUUGCUGUUAAAGCUGUAGACUGGAUGGCAUUUGCAGAGAGGGUACCCCCAAAUCAAAAGGCAAUGUUCAAUGCCCUCAAGACCCGCAGUGAUACAAUAGCUGCAAAGCUAACAUCCCUUCCAGAGAAGCCUCCAACCAUUGACUGGGCACACUAUCGUGCUGCAAUUGCCAAGGCAGGCAUGGUGGACGAAUUUGAGAAAAAGUUCGGUGCUAUUAGUAUCCCAGAGCCGAAGGAUACCCAGACCGCGAAGAUAAAUGCUCAGGAGCAGGAUUCUGCAAAAAGUGCUGCAAUCUACAUCCAGGAAUCUCAAGCUAGGGUUUCUCAAUAUGAGAAGGAGUUAGAGAAAUUCCGAAACAUGAUCCCCUUUGACCAGAUGACCAUUGAAGACGUAAACGAAGCAUUCCCAGAAACCAAACUGGACAAAGAAAAACAUGCGUACUGGCCACACAGGCCAAUUAGUGAUUUGUAAAACAUUGAGAAUCCCCCCUUAACGACUAAAUAAAAUCUAGUAUUUUCCUCUGUA